UGUAAACCUUUAUUCUACGUGUACAUGCGUAUCUUUUUAUUUCCACAUGGUAAAAUUUUGUUUUUUUAAAAUUAUUUUAAUUAUAAUAGAUGUUAAAAUAACACUCACAGAACGUACGUGUGACGUAUACGUUUUUUCCGGCGUCAUUUGUAAACGUAACAUGUGACGUGACAUCCGCCACCAUCACGGAAGUUAGGAUUUUCGUUACGCUAAUACGUCACCCUUUUUAACGUUUUUAUGGCGUUCCACUACUGUUAUGCCGCGUUACUGCGCCGUCAAAAUUUGCAGGAACCGCGGGGGAGCUGCGUCCAGACGAGAGAAUCAGCUUCUACCCUUUCCCCUUGCAAGACGAACAAAGGUUUCAGAAAUGGGUGGACAACAUAGGGAGGAAGGACUGGACCCCAAGUCGACAUUAGUACAUGUGCAGUGAGCAUUUCACCACCAAUUGCUUGGAAAUUCGAUGGGGCAUCCACUACCUUAAAAACACAGCCAUCCCCACCAUUUUCCCAGAGGGGAAUGUAUGUACAGUAUAUGUGAGGUUGUGUAAAUAAUUCAGAUGUUUAUGUUAAAGGAAAACUGCACUUUUUAGGAAUUUUGCUCAUCAUCCACAAUCCUUAUGUGAGACAUGAACACACAUCUUUAUCUUUUCUGUGCGUUCUAAAGAUAUAAAAACAGCUAAAAAGAGGUAGGUAAUUAAUCCAAAAACGUCCAACAAGGUUGAAUGGUUUUAUAUACAUACUGUAACCAUGUAGUAACAGGCACAUUCAUUAUUACAUGUACUACUUACAGUAUUUUACCGUAUUUUAGUCAUUUUAAGCAUUACAGGAACUUCCUUCCUGGGCGCAUUGAUUUCACAUAGCAACAUAGAAACAAACGCUAUACCUAGCGUUGACUUUUCCAAACUCAAAAAAAAAAACACAGCAGCAGUGGCAGCAGCUUUAAUAUGUAGCGUAACCUUGCCAUAGUGGCCUGAGGUGUUGUGAGCGCGGCACUGAGACGAUGCGGACAAGUGUGAGGUGACGCUAGUAGCUACCCAGUGUGGUGUGGCGAAGUGUCACUAUGCCAGUAACAUGGUUCUUCGGCGUAAGAAUGUUAAUAGCAAUAAUAACAAUGUCGCUGUCGCUUGGUUAAUAUGAAGGUCACAUUUUGUAAAUGGAACGUUGUUGCCGUUUUUUUUUUUUUUUUAGAAGGCUUAUGUCGGAGUAGGUGCAUCCCAUUACGUGCAUUCUUAGCUGUCUCUUUUAAUCAGUUUCUGCAUCUUUAUAAUGCACAGAAACUCACAGAAAAGAGAUAGACGUGUGUUCAUAUGUCACAUAAGGAUUGUGGAUGGCGGGAAAAAUGAAAGUGCAGUUUUCCUUAUGUUCAAUCCAUCUCUCCUCUUUUACUUCAGGGUAGCAUCAAAAGAAGCCAGACACAUUUGGCACGGAGUACACUGGAUCUGACAGGAAAAGGCCGCUUAUACUGGGCAGAACGAUUAAAAAAAAAAAAAAAAAAAAAAAACACAGCCGGGCUCAGCAAAUCACACAGAUCUCUAAAAUCCACCCUACAGUGUCUCACUCUCCAAAUGCUGAGCUGGAUUCGGAAGCUAAACCUGCUGUGUGUCAUUUAUGGGGAGAAAACUCUUACGGCAGACAGGACAUAGGGAUCAGCUGUGGAGUAAAAUCCUGAGCCUUCAUGCAAAGAUCUUGGAUCUUGAAAACACUGUGGCAAAAAUCCACACUUUGGAGACAGAGGUGGUACUCCUCGAGGGAUGCAGCAGUUUUUAAAGAGCGAGAGAAAGUGUUGGAAGAUUAUAUAUCAUCCAUGUUGCUCUAGGUGUAAUGUUUUGGAAGAUAUUAGUGAAUGAAUGGUGCUUGUGCCCACAUGGUGCCAUUGUUUACAUAUAAUGUGUCAUGUUUUGUUUUUUUAAUGAGGCAGAACAUGAAUGCUUAAACACGUCAGCAAAGACAACCUGUCCCGAAGGAUGGACACAACUGUGAUUUGGUCAGGAGCAUGUCUUUUGUGCCCAUGGUGGAUUUGAAUUUGAUGCACUGUAUAAUGAAGCAUAUAAUUCACACAGUAAUUUGGCUUGAUAUAUUGUACAUGCUACACACUCCCUGGGCACAUCAUUCACAUGUGCAUUGCUUGUCUUAAUGCGUUCUUAGUCUCAAUAAUGUCCCACAGCCAUUUUUCUGCAAAGUGUGUCCUCUGAGGUGUGUGCACUAGCCUUUUGGAUUCGAUCAGGAAGUGCACCUCCACAGGUUCAGUUUGUGGUGCGACUUUGGAUACCGCCACCACAAAGUGCACGGCAACUGCAGUCGAAAUGGGCUUCUGCGGUGAUGGGGUGCUAAAGUUUGCCUUGUAGUGGUAGGAUAUCUGAUCCUCCUCUUCGGUCCAGUAGAGUAAGUCCAAACUAUAAAUCCAGCAGGGCUUCAGCUGCCAUGUUUGGAUGUACUCAGCAAUCUGUUCUUUACCCACUUCGACCGUGAAAUCUUUUGCGGCAACCCACAUUGUCCUAUUCACUCCUCAAAUGACUUACUUGCAUGAUGCAAAAAUGAGAACAAGUUUUAAAAUAUGCUUGACAUUAUUUGCGUCAUCAUUAGGUAAUGUUUAAAAGUCAGUUAUGAGAGCAGAGACAAGGGUCAGCACGUGACGUGUCCUCAAAUGACUUACUUGCAUGGUGCAAAAAUGAGAAAAGUUAAAAUAUGCUUGAAUCCAUUAAUGACGAAAUCAUUAGGUGAUGUUUAAAAGCCAAUUAUGAGAGCAGAGACAAGAGUCCGCACGUGACCAGUCAUGCUAAACGUUAGCUUGAUCCUGUCAUCGUUUAAGUAAACCAAACUCUUGUUACACAUAGCACUUUCGACUUGUUAAAACAUACUAGCACUGACCAGUUACGUUACAAUUGAUUUUGUAAAGGAUGACCACAUUAAUAUACUCAUCAAGCAUUUUUAUAUUUGCUCUAAUUUAGUCCAUGUUUAAUUUCUAACAAUGAUAUAUUUUCUAAAAUCUAAAUCUAGUGGUACAAAUAAGCAUCAGUUUCGCUAGAUUGACGUCACUUCCUGUGAUUUUCCUGUUUUCCAACUAGCGCUAAUAUUGCUAGCCCAGCAUCUGAAUGCAUGUUUUUAUGUUUUUCCCUGAUUUAUCAGGUAAGAACAUAGUUGUUUUUGUAUUCUUUGACCUCGUGUAUCGUCCGCAAACUGAGUGUCGAUUACAUAGGAAUCUGUUAACGUUUAGUUAGCAUUAGCGUUUGCUUAAAUUUAGCUGCCUUUUGAUAGCCUGACGGAGAUGGUACCCAGUAUGUCCAUAUCGAGCCGGAGAAAAUGGGUCCAAAACAUGUCAGAGUUGAAAUGCUUCUCUUAGAGCAAGCUUGUUCUCAAUAAUAUCCACCAACCACUUGUCUGUGAAGCGGAUCCUCCCCGGCGUGUGUACAAACCUAUUGGACUCCACUACAAAGUGUACUUCGACUGGCUCACUUGGCGAUGCAUCUUUAAAUACAUCCAUAGCAAAGUAGACACUAGCCGUCCCUUGGAUGGGCUUCUCCGGGGAAGGGGUACUAAAUCGAGCCCUGUAGUGGUAGAAGAGUCGACGCUCCUCUUCGGUCGAACACAGGAAGUCCAAACUAUAAAUCCAGCGUGGUUCCAGCUCCCAUGAUCGGAUAUACUCUGCAAGCUGCUCUUUGCCCACUUCCACAGUGAAGUCCUGGGCAGCUACCCACUUGAUGUGAUCAUCAGGGGGCUCCAACUCUCUCCCACGCAGGAUUUUGAUAACUUCCCACGACUCUGCAGUGAGCCAGCAGACACAUGUCGCGGAUCAGGAGCACCCUAGACAACGUAACCAAAGCAGUAGGAAGCACGGACCUCAUCUCCAAGUUCUCCCGCCUCAAGCCGGGCACUCCUGCGGUCGACGGCACCCACGCGGAAAAACUUAUGUCCAAAACUGAAACGUCUAAGGACCCAAAUGUUUCACCACCUCUUGAAACCUCCAUAGAAGAAGAACACAGAGCAGAGGACAGGGUUACAGAGAAGCCUUUUGUUGCUGCCAAGACAUCCAGCUCAGCCUCGGAGGCGUCAAAGCAAACAAUGCAGCUAUUCCAUCCUGCAGGCCUUUCAACCAAUAUGGAUGAGACCUACAAGACGUUGGCCCAGCACAUCAAUAGUUACUUUGGCAUGGUGGAAGAAGGCGGAAGCAGGCUACAGCAGCAAAGUGAGACCAAUACUCAGAAACCUGCAGAACACGUUCCAGUUUUAUCUCCAGUGGCAGCAUCCAACAACACUGAAUCACCUCCUCCAACAUCAAGCACAGCUCCAGCUGUCCCGAAUUCCACAAAAAAAGGCUUCACCCACUAUCUCUCCUACCCUCGUCCGAGUGUGCAGGCUUUUGUGGGCAACUACAUUGCCCCGCUGGUGCCCAAAUUCAGAGGUGAUACCAAAAGCAUCGAGAAACCGGCAGCCAGUGUAGAAGAAGUGAAGACGGACAGUGAAGAUGAAAAGGCAGAUAAAGCCAAGCAGAAGCAGCUUUUGGCUCAAAGAGAGAAGAUCAUAGCCAGGGUGAGUGUGGACAACCGAACCAGAGCCCUUAUGAAAGGCCUUCAGAGAGUCGCCGACAUCCGGCUCCUCACCAGUCGAGUGGAGGAGCUCAGCUUUCACCUGCUGGAGUUCCCUGAGACGCGAGGCGUGGCCAUCAAGGAGAAGGCACUACCUUGCCUGCUGCGCUUGCGCCAGGCAACGGACCAACGGCUCCAGGCAGCUGUGAGAGAGGCGCUCGCUCUGAUUGGCUACACAGAUCCAGUCAAAGGCAGAGGAAUCCGAGUACUGGCCAUAGAUGGAGGGGGGACAAGAGGACUGCUGGCCCUGCAGACCCUCCUCAAACUGCAGAACCUGACCGGAAAACGAGUCCACCAGCUCUUUGACUACAUCUGCGGGGUCAGCACAGGUGCCAUCCUGGCCUUCAUGCUGGGGAUUUUUCAGAUCCCCCUCGAAGAGUGCGAGCAGAUGUACAGGAAGUUGGGCUCGGACGUCUUCAAGCAGAACGUUAUUGUCGGGGCUGUCAAGAUGGGUUGGAGCCAUGCUUUUUAUGACAGUGAAAUAUGGGAACACAUCCUCAAGGAACGCAUGGGUGAGGGACGCAUGAUAGAAAGUGCCAGAGAUCCAAACUGCCCCAAAGUGUCAGCAGUGAGCACGAUUGUGAACCGGGGUCUGCCUCUGAAGGCCUAUGUGUUCAGGAACUACAGGCUCAUGCCAGGAGUGAGGUCACACUACCCUGGAGACUGCAAAUACAAAAUGUGGCAGGCGAUCAGGGCUUCAUCUGCAGCGCCGGGCUACUUCCAGGAAUUUGUGCUGGGAAAAGACCUGCAUCAGGAUGGUGGUCUCCUGAUAAACAACCCCACAGCAUUGGCCAUCCACGAGUGCAAGAGCCUAUGGCCGAACACGCCGCUCCAGUGCGUGCUCUCUCUGGGCACCGGACGCCACGAGACAGUGGGGAAGAACGGUACCGCCUACACCAGCCUUAAAACCAAGCUAACCAACGUCAUCAGUAGUGCAACAGAUACUGAAGAGGUGCACACCAUGCUGGACGCCCUCCUGCCGCCCGACACUUACUUCCGCUUCAACCCUCACCUGAGUGAAGACGUGCCGCUGAACGAGAGCCGAGUGGACAAGCUGAACUUCCUCAUGGGCGAGGGGGAGCGCUACCUGCAGCGCAAUGAUGCCAAGCUGCAGAAGGCGGCCAGCGUGCUCGCCCAGGAAAAGGGCGGCAUACAGAAACUGGCUGAGUGGGCCAAACUCAAGGCCGACAUGUAUGAUGGCCGUCCCUUUUCUUCUAAACUGUAGUUAACCUGGUAAGGUAAGAUAACCUGGGGCCACGUCUAGGCAUAAAAGUAUGGAAGUGCAUUUAGUUGGCAUGUCGCAAUGAUAUGCCUAAUGUUUACAUGCACAUCAACUUAAACAAACAAGAACUCUUAUUAGGAUUUUAACCACGAGCAUGCAGUGACUGCUAAUGUCAGUAUGAUCAUGUGGGGGUUUUGUAAAGACUGUAAACGCCAAUCUAUAAUAUUGCACAGUAAGAACGCAGACACAAUUGCCUGUUUUAAAACAUUGCACAGGGAAAAAAAAGACCUCAUGCACUUUGAAAGACUUUCAUUCUUAACCUCUUAUUCAAAAAAUGUAAAUAUUAUUUGACGUGUUAUUUAAUUCCAAGUACUAACCCUUUCACCUUUGCAGUAUGUAAGGCCCACCCACGCGGGCCCCACCCACAAAGCACAUGCAAGACUCUUUACCUUUUAUGUAUAACCCCAUUGACCCGCAUAUAAGAUGGCCCUGUAAAAAAGCCAACCCUUCUGGUUGGGGCUGCACGGUGGCCUAAUGGUUAGCGUGUUGGCCUCACGGUCAAGGGAUUGAGGGUUUGAAUCUUCCUUUGGAACAUGUCUUUGUGGCGUUGACAUGUUCUCCGCGUGCGUGUGUGGAUUCUCUCCGCAUACACCGGCUUCCUCCUACAUCCCCAAAACAUGAAUACUAGGCAAAAUUGAGAGCGUGAGUGGUUGUGUUAUGUGAGGCUGUACCCCGCCUCUCACCAGACGUAAUAAUGAAAAGUGGUAUAGAACAGAGUACGUGAAUGGAUAAUAUGUAAAUUGCAAUUUUAAUUUAAAAUGAUGGGAUUUUGUUUGCUAAAAUGUCACAGCCGAGAGAUGCUUUUUAGAAGUGGGUCAUUGUGUCGCCACUUUUUCUCUCUGUCGUGUGCGUGUGUGUGUGAGUCACCAGAAGAAAAGCUCUGACUCCCUAGGUGAAAAAGUCGUGUGGCGCCACCUGCUACUUUGCAUGUAUAACUCUCAUCCUAUAUUCGGGUCAAUACGAGAUUAUCAGCUUUCAGAAAAAUGUGGUGCUACCCCUCAGCAGUUAUGAACUGAUUAACGCAAAGCUAAUUGAUAGAUAGUGCUAGAUGUUAGCAUACUAGAACUCUCCAAUCCUAGCGAAUGUUAAUGUGGCUGUUGCUGUCUUCUGUCACUGUCUUUCCUCUUUUCCUGUUUCUCGCCCCUCUUAACACAUGUCCAAUCUAGUGGCUUUGCAAAUAAACUACAAUGCAAAUACAGCAGGACUCACCUGUUGUACAGCAAAUCUGUUCUGACAAAAUUAACAUGCAGUCCACAAUUAAGCUGGCAAACAGGACUGGUCCAGGAAAAAAAACGCACUGCCUAGUUUUCAUCUGACACUGAAGUAGAUACAUUUUUUUAAUGAGUCGACAAAAGAUGGCAGUUGUGCUUUGUACAGCCCUUGUUUAUUAUUUAGCGGUCCUGCUCAAGCCUGAAUCCUUCAUUUAUGCCCAAUUUGGCAACCCUCCCUUCCUUAAAUCCCACCAUCAUCAUUGUUAAAUCAUGAAAUAAUAAAACCUCAACCCUGGCUAAAAUGUUUGUCAUCUUUGCACACUUUAUUUGAGUUGACUGCUUUUCCCAACACAUUUAAAAGACUUGCUGGCAGAGGAAUGCAAAGUGUCACCUGAUGAUAAAUUGCGUGUGCCUUUUAGAUUUUUGCACACUUUGAUU